AGCACUCGGGUACGGACCUGGACCGACCGCAGUGGUGCAUUCAAGGUAGAUGCCGAACUUUUGUCAUACUACGACGGAAAGCUUCGAUUACACAAGACAAACGGUGUAAAGAUCGAUGUGCCACUGGAAAAAAUGAGCAUGGAGGAUAUUCGUUAUGUGGAAGCACACACAAAGCACGACAUACUUAAGAACAAG